GCCCGGGGGCGGAGCGCCGGGCGGAGGCGGCUCUGGGCAGCUGCUGGGUCUGUCCCGGGUUGGAAGGCCACCGUUUUCAUUCUCGCCGUCCUCGUCGCCGAACCCCGGCCCCAUGGACGCUCUUUGCGGCUCCGGGGAGUUCAGCUCCAAGUUCUGGGACUCCAACCUGUCCUUGCACACAGACAACCCGGAUUUGACUCCCUGCUUCCAGAACUCCCUGCUGGCCUGGGCCCCCUGCGUGUACCUGUGGGCCGCCCUGCCCUGCUACCUCUUCUACCUUCGGCGCCACCAGCAAGGCUACAUCGUCCUCUCCCACCUCUCCAGGCUCAAAACGGCCUUGGGCGUCCUGCUGUGGUGCGUCUCCUGGGCUGAUCUCUUCUACUCCUUCCAUGGCCUGCUGCACGGCUGGGCCCCUGCCCCCAUCUUCUUUGUCACCCCCUUGGUGGUGGGGGUCACCAUGCUGCUGGCCACCCUGCUGAUCCAGUACGAGCGGCUACGGGGGGUGCGGUCCUCGGGAAUCCUCAUCAUCUUCUGGUUCCUGUGCGUGAUCUGCGGAAUCAUCCCCUUCCGUUCCAAGAUCCUUUCAGCUGUGGCCCAGGGCAGGAUCUCAGACCCCUUCCGCUUCUCCACCUUCUACAUCUAUUUUGCCCUGGUGCUCUCCUCCCUCAUCCUCUCCUGCUUCAGGGAGAAGCCACCGUUUUUCUCCCCCAAGAAUGUCGACCCGAACCCCUGCCCAGAGGCCGGAGCUGGCUUCCUCUCCCGCCUAACUUUCUGGUGGUUUACAAAAUUAGCCAUCCUCGGCUACAGGCGGCCCCUGGAGGAUCGCGACCUCUGGGCCCUGAACAAGGAGGACUGCUCCCAGAUGGUGGUGCAGAGGCUGCUGGAGGAGUGGAAGAAGCAGCAGGAGCAGGCAGCGCAACACCAGGCUGCAGAGGCUUCUGGGAAAAGACCGUCCAGCGAGGGUGAGGUGCUGCUGGGGAAGCGGCCCCGGACCCGGGAGCCCUCCUUCCUGCGGGCCCUGAUGGCCACCUUCGCCUCCAGCUUCCUUCUCAGCAUGUGCCUCAAGCUGAUCCAGGACCUGCUGUCCUUUGUCAACCCACAGCUGCUCAGCAUCCUGAUCAGAUUUAUUUCAAACCCCGCGGCCCCCACCUGGUGGGGCUUCCUGGUGGCCGGGCUGAUGUUCGUGUGCUCCGUGAUGCAGACGCUGAUCUUACACCAGUAUUACCACUGCAUUUUUGUGAUGGGGUUGAGGUUCCGCACGGGGAUCAUAGGUGUCAUCUACAGGAAGGCUCUGGUCAUCACCAAUUCCGUCAAACGUGAGUCCACCGUGGGAGAAAUUGUCAACCUCAUGUCAGUGGAUGCCCAGCGCUUCAUGGACGUUGUCCCCUUCCUCAACCUGCUGUGGUCAGCACCCAUGCAGAUCAUCCUGGCAAUGUACUUCCUCUGGCAGAACCUGGGUCCCUCCGUCCUGGCAGGAGUUGCUCUCAUGAUCUUGCUGAUCCCACUCAAUGGUGUGGCCAUGAAGAUGCGUAUGUUCCAGGUCGAGCAAAUGAAGUUCAAGGACUCCCGCAUCAAGCUGAUGAGCGAGAUCCUGGGUGGCAUCAAGGUGCUGAAGUUGUAUGCCUGGGAGCCCAGCUUCCUGAAGCAGGUGGAGGGCAUCCGGCAGAAUGAGCUCAAGCUGAUGCGCCAGGUCGCCUACCUCCACGCCAUAUCCACCUUCAUCUGGGUCUACCCCUUCCUGGUGACCCUGAUCACCCUCGGGGUGUAUGUGUCUGUGGACGAGAACAACGUGCUGGAUGCCGAGAAGGCCUUCGUGUCCGUGUCCCUGUUCAAUAUCUUAAAGAUUCCGCUCAACAUGCUGCCCCAGUUAAUCAGCAACCUGGCCCAGACCAGUGUGUCUCUGAAGCGGAUCCAGCAUUUCCUGAGUCAAGAUGAACUUGACCCCCAGUGUGUGGAAAGAAAGACCAUCACCCCAGGCUAUGCCAUCACCGUAAACAAUGGCACCUUCACCUGGGCCCAGGACAUGCCACCUGCCCUGCACAGCCUAGAUAUUCAAGUGCCAAAAGGGGCCCUAGUGGCUGUGGUGGGGCCUGUGGGCUGUGGGAAGUCCUCCUUGGUGUCUGCCUUGCUGGGAGAGAUGGAGAAGCUGGAAGGCAAGGUGUAUAUGAAGGGCUCUGUAGCCUACGUGCCCCAGCAGGCGUGGAUCCAGAACUGCACUCUUCAGGAAAACGUGCUGUUUGGCAAAGCCCUAGACCCCAAGCGGUACCAGCAGGCUCUGGAAGCCUGUGCCCUGCUAGCUGACCUGGAGGUGCUGCCUGGCGGGGACCAGACAGAGAUUGGAGAGAAGGGCAUUAAUCUGUCCGGGGGCCAGCGCCAGCGGGUCAGUCUGGCCCGAGCUGUCUACAGCGAUGCUGACAUUUUUUUGCUGGAUGAUCCACUGUCAGCCGUGGACGCCCACGUGGCCAAGCACAUCUUUGAUCAGGUCAUCGGGCCGGAAGGUGUGCUGGCAGGAAAGACCCGGGUGCUGGUGACGCACGGUAUUAGCUUCCUGCCCCAGACAGACUUCAUCAUAGUGCUAGCGGACGGACAGGUGUCUGAGGUGGGCACCUACACAGCUCUGCUGCAGCGCGAUGGCUCUUUUGCCAACUUCCUCCGAAACUAUGCACCUGAUGACACCAAAGAUCAUCAAGAGGCCGACAGCAGGACAGCCCUGGAGGACAAAGAGGAUGAGGAGGUGCUGCUGAUUGAAGACACACGCAGCAAUCACACAGACCUGACGGAUAAUGAGCCGAUUACCUACGAGGUCCAGAAGCAGUUUAUGAGACAGCUGAGUGCCAUGUCCUCGGAAGGAGAGGGCCAGGGUCGGCCUGUGCCCCGGAGGCGCGUGGGUACAGCAGAAAAGGUGGUCCAGGAAGCAGAGGCCAAGCCGAGCCGGGUGCUGACCCAGGAGGAGAAGGCAGAGACAGGCACUGUGAAGAUGAGCGUGUACUGGGAUUACGCCAAGGCCGUGGGGCUCUGUACCACCCUGUUCAUCUGUCUGCUGUAUGGGGGUCAAAGUGCGGCUGCCAUCGGGGCCAAUGUGUGGCUCAGCGCCUGGACCGAUGAGGCUGCGAUGAACGGCCAGCAAAACAACACCUCCCACAGGCUGGGUGUCUACGCUGCCUUGGGACUUCUGCAAGGGCUCCUGGUGAUGCUAUCAGCCGUCACGAUGGCCGUGGGCGGUGUCCAGGCUGCGCGCUUGCUUCACCAGGCGCUGCUGCACAACAAGAUGCGCUCCCCGCAGUCCUUCUUCGAUACGACGCCCUCGGGCCGCAUCCUCAACCGCUUCUCCAAGGACAUCUAUGUCAUCGAUGAGGUUCUGGCUCCCACCAUCCUCAUGCUGCUGAAUUCCUUCUACAACUCCAUCUCCACCCUCGUGGUCAUCGUGGCCAGCACGCCGGUCUUUGCUGUGGUCGUCGUGCCCCUGGCUGUCCUCUACCUCUUCGUGCAGCGCUUCUAUGUGGCCACAUCACGGCAACUGAAGAGGCUGGAAUCUGUCAGCCGCUCGCCCAUUUACUCCCACUUUUCGGAGACGGUGACUGGCUCUAGCGUCAUCCGGGCAUAUGGCCGCAGCCAGGACUUUGAGGCCAUCAAUAACGUUAAGGUAGACACCAACCAGAAGAGCUGCUACCCCUACAUCGCCUCCAACAGGUGGCUGGGGAUCCGAGUGGAGUUCGUGGGCAACUGCGUUGUGCUCUUUGCUGCUGUCUUCGCUGUGACUGGGAGAAACAGCCUGAGCCCGGGGCUGGUGGGCCUGUCUGUGUCCUAUGCCCUACAGGUGACUUUGGCUCUCAACUGGAUGAUCCGAACGAUAUCAGACUUGGAAUCUAACAUUGUGGCCGUGGAGAGAGUCAAGGAGUACUCCAAGACAGAGACUGAGGCCCCCUGGGUGGUGGAGGGCAACCGCCCACCAGCAGGCUGGCCCCCGCGUGGCGAGGUGGAGUUCCGGAAUUACUCUGUGCGCUACCGGCCGGGCCUGGAGCUGGUGCUGAAGAACCUGAGUCUUCAAGUGCACGGUGGUGAGAAGGUGGGCAUCGUGGGCCGCACUGGGGCUGGCAAAUCAUCCAUGACUCUCUGCCUGUUCCGCAUCCUGGAAGCUGCGGAGGGUGAAAUCCGCAUCGACGGCCUCAACGUGGCUGACAUCGGGCUCCACGACCUGCGUUCCCAGCUGACCAUCAUCCCCCAGGAACCCAUCCUGUUCUCGGGGACCCUGCGUAUGAACCUGGACCCCUUUGGCACCUACUCGGAGGAAGACAUGUGGCGGGCCUUGGAGCUGUCCCACCUGCACUCCUUUGUGAGCUCCCAGCCGGCAGGCCUGGAAUUCCAGUGCUCCGAGGGUGGAGAGAAUCUCAGCGUGGGCCAGCGGCAGCUCGUGUGCCUGGCCAGAGCCCUGCUUCGUAAGAGCCGCAUCCUGGUUUUAGAUGAGGCCACAGCCGCCAUCGACCUGGAGACGGACGACCUCAUCCAGGCCACCAUCCGCACCCAGUUCGAGGCCUGCACGGUGCUGACCAUCGCGCAUCGGCUCAACACCAUCAUGGACUACACCAGGGUCCUCGUCCUGGACAAAGGGACAAUAGCUGAGUUUGAUUCUCCAACCAACCUCAUUGCGGCCAGAGGCAUCUUCUACGGGAUGGCCAGAGAUGCUGGACUUGCCUAAAAUAUACUCCUGGGAUUUCUUCUUGGACAUUCCCGGUUUUCAUCAGGAAAGGACACCAAAUCUAUCCAUAAAAUGGACUUGAUGGCAAAUGUUGUGGGGCGGUUGUUAGGUUUUUGCCUCUGUAAAGUGCCUUGCAGGAUAACCAGGCUACAUGCUUCUGAUAAGGAAGUGCAGCCCAAGAGGUGAAUGACAUGCCCCAAGGUCAUAGCUAAUUUGAGGCAGAGCCCAGACUAGUCCCUGGGUCUCCUGACUCCUAAUCUGAGGUUAUUUCCACACUGUACUGUUUUCAGUGGUUUCAUGGGAUGACCUCCCUAUCCCCAAGCUUUUUUAUAUUUUCAACUCUGAGGUAUUUUUUUUUUUUUUUAAUAAAGCUUCUUCCUCCUGGAACAGAGGCUGCCAGGUCAGGCUGUCCCUAGGAACUGAGUCCAGUACUCUGGGGUGCUGGCCUGGAUCCAUUAAAAAUGGAGCACUGAUGAAAUAAAGCUAUGUGUCAACAAUACACAUGCCCCAACACAGCUUUUCUCUGUUUACAAGGUCUGGGGUUAGGACCUUUAGAGAAGGCAGGGAGGAAGGAGGGAGAGGCAGAGAUAGACUUCAUACACAUUUGCAUGGCUGGAAUUAUCUGAAAACCUCAGACCUGAGAGUUUUGGCUGGAAAUAUUGUCUUCACGGCCAAAAUCCACUGGAUAAUUGCCAGUAGUUCCUGCUCUGCUGUGCAGAUACUGUAAAAAGGUGAGAAGUAAAGCCUCUGCAAUCUGACCUGAGGCCUCUUGAGAAAGCUGCUGUGAACACCUCCACAUUUAUGUCAACCCUCAAUUGCUCUACCCGCUUCUUUAGGGGAUGAGAAGGGCAAGGAGCUUAUUUCCUUGCUCCUUUAGGGGUCUAUUCCAGACAGGUCCCCAUAACCCGCGAGGUCUCCAAGUCCUUCAUCCUCCUCACUCUGGCUGAAGCUGAAUAUGGGAGCCCAGAGGAGCCCAGAGGCUGCCCCCUGACCUGACAGUUCCAGGCUGGUAAAUGAGAGGAGGGGAUGAAUUAAAUUUGCUUUUUUGAGCAAGCCAAUGAAGUGUUUAUUCUUCCGCAGGUGAGGAUAUAUCUGGCACAAGGCCUUCUAUUUGGAAAGGAUCUCUUUGUUAAUCUUUACCAAGUUUUCUGGUCAUCUCUGACUCUCAUUUCUUGGCUCUUUAUUCUUGGUAUGAUGUGAUUGGUUGUGGGUGAUGGUUUGUUUUUUUGCCUCCACCCUAAAUAGUUUAAAGUAGAUGUGGAGAUGGCUCCUUUGAUCUGGUUUUGCCAUAUGUCCUGGGCCAGCCUGUGCUGCAGGACUAUUUGUUAAAGGUUAAUCACAUUUUUUUUGGCAGGUUGUUUCUGCCCAGGAUGUUUAUGAGUGUAUGGAAGACUUCCAUCCUUGUGAUAAAGCAAGUAUGAAAGCACAAAUGCCCAAAUUAUUCCGCCUCUCCUUGGUGCUAAGAAAAGGUCUCGGCUAUGAUCCCUGAUUUAUUAGACCAAUUUGGCAUGACGUCUGCUUUGUGAGGCUCUAGCUGCCCUAAACCAACAGAAAUGCAGAUUCAUUCGGCAUCAUUCUCAGCUGAAGAUCUGAAGCUGGGAGGCUGUAUUUCCUCUCCUGUCUUGGGAGUUUGCCUCUGAGCUCCUGGAGGCCCUGACAGGUGCUGACAGCCCAAAGGAGAGGCUCAGUUGUGUGAAGUAAAUAGGAUAAUCAAGAAAGGUGGUUAAUAGAGGAUGACCUCCAUCUAGCUGGCUCAGCUACUACAGGAAAAUAAAGCUGACUGCUGGGAACUGAGACGAAAGACACUGCACAAAACAUCUGUCUCCAGGUGCCACUGACAGGCGUGAGCGCCACCACAGCAGCAGGAUGCAGGAGGCUCAGGUGGGGACUGGUCCCUUCGAGUCCUCCUCCAGCGGGUUUUGUCCCUGGAACUGUCCAACAAUUUGAACCCCGUAUGAUUAGAAGUACAGUGUGCUGUUUAGGAGGCCAGUGUGAAAGAAUAUGGGCUUGGUCGGUUAAUAUUUAAUUUUAAUAAUACUUAUUAUCCUUGAACAGUCAGCGAUGCGCAAAGAGAAAAAUCUUCAGUUAAUGUUUACACACAGUGUGAACACAUGCUUUAAAUAUGCAGUGGAGGAAGAGGGGUGAAUUCACAGUUAACAAAGCUAAAAAAAAAAAAAAAUCCUUGUUA